AUGGCAACGGAGGCUUCCAGCUGGCGAGUAAAGGCAAGCAAAACGCGAAGACUGUGUGGUGGAGUCAACUUUAUCUCAGCUGCUCUGCCGUCCGCCAUUCUCCGACGGGAGAUUCAGCGAUUUCGCAACAUCGGGAGCUGUCGUGACCUAAGUGUUAUUUUAUUUGCUGUUUCUAGGCAGCCUGCAACAGCUAAGUGGUACGACAGAAGGGACUCUGUCUUUAUAGAGUUCUGCGUGGAGGACAGUAAAGAUGUCUGCGUGCAUUUUAACAAGACAAAACUUGAUUUCAGUUGCGCCAUUGGAACAAAUAACAUCAAACAUCAGAAUACAGUGGAACUUUAUGGGGAGAUUGAUCCCAAAGAAUCUAAACACAGACGUACGGACAGGUCUGUAAUGUGUUGUUUACGAAAAGCUGAGGCUGGAAAGGCCUGGCCUCGACUGACCAAAGAAAAGACGAGGUGCAACUGCCUUAGUGUGGACUUUAAUAACUGGAAAGACUGGGAAGACGAUUCAGAUGAAGACUUAAACAGUUUUGAUAAGUUCUCAGAGAUGAUGAACACUAUGGGAGGUGAUGAUCUACCGGACCUAGAUUGUGCUGAUGAAGAGCAUGAUUCUGCAGACAGCGACGAUGAAAAAAUGCCUGACCUUGAAUAG